AUGGCGGAGGACCCUCGGCUGCCUGCCACGGAUGGCUUAACGCUGGGAGGAAGAGAACUCCGCGCGACGACGGCGCUUGGGGGUUUGUUCUCAGGCCUUCUCGGUGUCUCCGAUAGGAUUCAGGACUUUUUGGGUUCCCCUAUUGGUUUGUUUUAUCGGCGCCCUGGCGUUCCUCUGGUUUGCCUAUUAGGCGAGUGGCGGGCGGGGCCUGUGAGGGGUUGGGUGGGGUUGCUGUGGGCGUCUACGUCUCCUGCUGCUGCUGCUGCUGCUGCUGGAGGAGCAGCAGCAGCAGCAGCAGCAACACAGUCGGAUGCAGCAGGAACAGCAGCAGCAGCAGCAGCAAGUCAAGCUGAUCCAGCAGCAGCAGCAGCAGCAGCAGCAGCAGAAGCAGCAGAAGACACAGAAGAAGAUGAGGAGUCUUUCUUUGCCUUCUCGAAGGCGCUGCAGCGGCUCCGCAUGCAGCCCCAAAAAGAUGCAGCAGCAGCAGCAGCAGCAGCAGCAGCAGCAGCAGCAGCAGCAGCAGCACCUGCAGCAGCAGCAGCAGCAGACGGCUUCAACAUUUCUCAGCCUGCAGCAAAACAGACAAACGGGCUCAGAGGCAUCACCGCAUCCUGA